AUUUAUUUCAAAUGAAUUUUAAUAGUGUUUUAGUAAUUGUUAUUAUUUUAGUAACAUUUCUUCCAUUAUAUGAAAGUCGGUCCGAAUCACGGCUUUUAGACCAAAACAAAGAGAAUGUAAUCAAUGGUGAGUCGAGAGCCGGAGGUCUGUUCAACAUCGGUGGUGUCAUCAGUCAGUUCUGGAAAACUGUUUAUUUGAAUCGUGGAUUCAAUUCGUCUUUUGUUUUAUUGUUACCGCUCUCUACGGUCACAAUUCCCGGUUAUGGUCGCGGAAUAGAACAUCAGUCGCCGCUAUCGGCACUCAAUAUCGGAAAUAUAUCUAUAGUUGGAAUAAUAAUAUUCGGAACUAUAGCUCUUUGGGCACCUUUUCUGUUCCCAAAUAUCAAUCCAAACAUUGGUCGCAAUUUUGACAAUUAUCCCGAUUUGGAAACAAUUCCCGAAUUUCUAGCAAAACGUUUGCUUUCUUUGACCGAACAUAUCAUCGGUCAUUCAAUAGAUAUUAAUAACAAAGAUAUAAAAGUGAAGAAUUUUCUCUUAAGUCGUUUGCAAUCAUUGGUAGAAUUGCUGAUGAGUUUUGUGGACCAAUUGAUUGAUGACAUUCCAGAAUAUCCGGGACUUGAUCCGCAGGAAUGCAUUAAACGGUGUAUUUGUGAAACACAUAAACAUCGGAAUCAGUUUGGACUCAUUGGAAGAGUAGUUAGAUUUUUGUUUCGACCAUAUAACGAAUCAAUAAGAAAUUUGAAAGUGAAAUCAAAAUAUCGAUUGGCAGCUAAUUAUGGGAUUAAAGAGGAAUCAAUUGAAUGUCAAAAUCGUUACAAUAAAUGCGAAUUAAAUUUCGUGCAUUUGAUUCAUAAUGUGAUUAAUUUUUUAUUUUAA